GGUAAUUUGCACUUGGAAUAUGUUGACAGCUGGGAUACUCUUCCACACUUUCAUCAUGCUCAUGGCAAACACCAUGGCUCAUCCUAAUUUUGUCCUGAUUAUAACCGACGAUCAGGAUUUACUCCUGGAUGGACUGGUGCCGAUGAAAAAUACAUUGAAACUGAUAGCCAAUGAAGGUAAAACUUUUCAAAACGCCUUUGUGAACACUCCUAUAUGCUGUCCAAGUAGAAGUACGAUUUUGACUGGAAAAUAUGCACACAAUACAGGUGUUACCAAUAAUACAGUAUCAGGAAACUGUUCUAGUAAAUAUUGGCAGGAGCAGCAUGAACCUUCAUCUAUAGCAGCCUUGCUGAAGAACUCCAGUGGAUAUCUGAAUUUCUAUGCUGGAAAAUAUUUGAAUAGGUAUGGCUUCGACGAUGUUGGUGGAACGAAACACAUUCCAAAGGGAUACGAUUGGUGGAUUGGACUCAAAGGAAACUCAAGAUAUUACAACUACACGCUCUCUGUGAACGGUACAGCAGUAUCUCACAAUGCUGAUUACCUAACAGAUGUUCUGGCUGCACAUUCUCUGGAUUUCCUGGAGAAUCGAGCACCAGAUAAACCAUUUUUUAUGACAAUUGCACCACCUGCACCACAUGCUCCAUUCACACCGGCAAAAAGACAUGAGAAUGCGUUUCCAGGCACCAAAGCACUAAGAACUCCUUCAUUCAAUGAAACUCCAUCAGAUAAACACUGGUUAGUUGGAAUGACCCCCACUACUUUACCAGCCAACGUAACCAUUUUGGAUGGAAUUCAACAGGGCAGAUUGGAAUCUCUAUUGGCAGUUGACGAACUAGUUAAAGGGAUUAUUACCAAAUUGAAGGACAGUGAUGUUCUAGACAAUACUUACAUUAUAUUCACUUCUGACAAUGGAUUUCAUAUUGGCCAAUUCACUCAACCAUGGGACAAACGUCAACCAUACGAAACAGAUAUCAGAAUACCAUUCCUCAUUUCUGGGCCAAAAAUACCGAAGAGAACUCUAACCAAAUAUCCAGUUUCUGCUGUUGACAUAGCGCCAACUAUCUUAGAUCUAGCGGAUGUAAAUAUUCCAAGCUCUAUGGAUGGCAAAAGUUUCAAGUCACAAUUGUUUUCAAGUGCAGAAAUACCUACAAAUGACUUUAUUUUCGUGGAGUAUUGGGGAGAAGGAGCACCAAAAACAAUUGAUGCACGUUGUCCAUGGAAAGGUGAUGAUGAACUGUCUGAAUGUAGUUUGGAUCAAUGGUGUAAAUGUCAAGAUUCAAGAAACAAUACCUACAGUUGCAUCAUAGAAUUGACUCAAAGUCAGCAAAUGAAGUUUUGCGAGUUUGAAGAUGAGCAGGCUUUUCGGGAAACUUAUGAUUUGAUGAUUGAUCCAUAUGAGCUCAAGAAUUUGGCAUAUGAACUCAGUGAAGACGUUGUCAGACGGUAUCAAGAUAUAGUGAGGAAAUUCAAGACAUGUCAAGGAAGAAAUUGCUAUACUUUGGAAUAA